GACGGCGAUCCCGUGGAGGAGCAGCAGGAGUAGGCUGACACUGCUGGAACACCUGAGGGGCUCUCAGGGCGCCUGGUGCCCCGCGGCCCCCUGGGACAAAGAGGGGGCCCACACUGCCAUCUGUGGGACGCCUGCUGGGCGUCUCUAUUUCUGUUCAGUUAGAAUGACAGCCACUUCCUGUGUGUGUAUAAAUGUAUCCGAGAGCACCUCUGAAUUCAGCUGUGCUGAUGCAACUGCAUGACUGAGUCGUUGUUUUACACCGUUAUGUCUCAACCAACUGCAUCCUCUUUUACUGGUGCCGUCAAUUUUCCAACAGUGGAAGAAAAUCAUGAGUUUUCUAUAAAUGAUGGUACGCUCAGAGGAGGCGUAGGAAUGUGGUGAAGUAGUGUAGAAUACUCUGAAUUACUCAGCUAGUUGUCACAGCUCACCUCCUAUUCUGUCUGCAGGGUAGACUGACUUUCCUGGCCUCUGAGUCAUGCACUUUUCUAGUGGGUCAAAUCAUGAGGGUCAAACCAUGGUGUGAAAAUCUGUCGUUACUAGCCGUUGACAAACAGUAUAAAUGGAACAUGUACAGUACGUGCAUUAGUGUUUCAGCUUUAUUUUAACAAGGUUUUGACGAGAAAGGGGAGGAUCUGAGCCAAGUGGACCUUCACUCAGAUGGUACUGAUAAGCCUCCACAGAGACAUAAAGCAGCUAUGAACCCUGGGUAAAUUAGCUGUUUAUGAGGCUGUUAAUGUUUGGUUACAACCUGCCGUCAUGACUGAUUUAUCAAGAUCAAAUCCUGACUCAGAGCUGAUUCCAGAGGUGGAAAGUAACUAUUUACUUUACAGUGCAUAUUUGAGGUACUUUGCUUGACUGUUUUCUCUCCGUGCUACUUUAUAAUUAUACUCCUCUACAAUGCAAGCCUGUACCUAACUAUAUUUAAGUAUAAAACUAUAUUUAUUUGACAGCUUAAGUUAUUUUAGACUUUAAAUUCAGACUUUUACACACAAAAUGACCAAUGACUGUUAAAUACUGUGUUUUGAUGCAGAUUAAAUUAUCCAAAAUCAUAUUAAGGUACCUUAGAAAAUUAUUAGCAGCGCUGUUUACUCUUUUUUGUGCGCACAAAUCAUUUUAUAGAUGAUUAAAUGUGAAUAUUUGCAUUUAUUUUAAAUAUUUUCUUAAAAUAACUAAAUACUUUGACUCUUAAUGUUCUACAUAGGUACAUCUUCCUGAUCACAGUUAACUACUUUCACCUCUAAUACCUUAAUGAAUGCAGGAUUUUUACAGGGUAGUAUUAAGCUUUCCACCCUUGGCUGAUUCUUUACCGUAAUCUGUUUUAAAUUGUCAGUUUUUCCUCUCCUUUCUGAGCCUGUCAUCACUCAGUGUUUCUCUGGUUGCCGUGUAACUUCCAGUAUGAGCAUUUAAAAGAAAACGUCUUCCUGCUCAGCACCUCACUUACUGAAAUGAGUCACUGUGUGUGUGUGUGUGUGUGUGUGUGUGUGUGUGUGUGUGUGUGUGUGUGUGUGUGUGUGUGUGUGUGUGUGUGUGUGUGUGUGUGUGUGUGUGUGUGUGUGUGUGUGUGUGUGUGUGUGUGUGUGUGUGUGUGUGUGUGUGUGUGUGUGUGUGUGUGUGUGUGUGUGUGUCUGUUUCUCCAGAGUUUCCUGGUUGUGCGGGACUCCACGACAUCUGUGCCCUGCCUGCUGUGUGUGUCUGCAGGAGGAGACGAUGAAGCGGUUAUUGAUCAUAGCAUCAAAACCACAGGCACAGUCUUUCAGCUGUCUGAGUCUCGACUUUCUUUCUCUGACUUGGCGCAGCUCGUGCUCUUCUACUCUCUGACCAGGGAUGUGUUGUCUGUCUGUCUGUCCAUCCCUCACUGGAUCUACAGUGUGACAGAGAACACCAGAGAUCGUCUCUCUCAACUUGAACCCGAAACUUGGCUCUGCUCACCGCCGGACCAACAGACCGAUGAGAUGACCCAGAGGGAGCCGAACAACGUCAUGUGUUCCAUACAGCUGACUUCCACCAACGGGGCCUUGUGCAUCAUCAACCCUCUGUACCUGCGGGAGCAUGGAGAUGAUUGGCUGACCAACAGGGCGACUGCGGCUCUGGGCGCCACACAACCGCCCACAAAUUACAGGAAAGAGCGCCGCCUCAGCUCCACCCGAACAUGGGCAGGGGCCGGGUUAUUGAGUAAGCGAGCCAUCUCCAUGGAGCAGGUACCCUCUGCAGACAGCAUGGAGAGCUCUGGUCUGAUCAGAGCCUUCUCAGCUGAUUCUCCAAAGAGCCCCACGUCAACAUCAGAGGCUCCAGCAGGCGUGGUUCUCCGGAGGCCCAGCAGAGACUCUACCCCGGCUCCUCCGUACAGAGCGAGCACAGGGAGCCUCACUCCAUCCACUUCCUCCACCCACUCUUACACAGCGAGCACGGGGAGCCUCACUCCAUCCUCUCCCUCCACCCCUGAAAGUUCAAACAGAGCGUCACUGGAGCUGCAGCCCCACGGCAGCCCGGUGCCCCAGUCUCCCCACAGGGUGUCCUGGAUCGAGGAUGGAGUCUGGCUGCCUCCGCCCAGACCUUCCUCUUUGCUCCAUCCUCCGUCUCUGGAGCUCGACUCACUGUCAAUCAGCAGCAUAGAGGAGGAGCAGGAGUACCAGAUCCCCAGCCCUGCUCUGCACCACCAGUCUGCACACCGAUUGGCCGACAAGGUCAUCCACCGUCUCUCGGCGGUGGGUCAGGCCCUCGGAGGAUUGGUUAGCCAGAAGAAGAGACUGACCAAUCGCGUGCAGGAGCUGAGCGAGCGGAGAGGCUUGGCGUUCUCAGAGGCCGUGAAAGGAUUCGUGGAGAUGACGAUGAAGUGCGGGGGCACUGGGUCCGAGUUCCUACAGGAGGUAAGGACAUCGCUCACAUCACUGAGGGAGAUGCUGCUGGACUAUCAAGAGAUCCAGGCAAUGUUGGACAGCAUCACCGACUUAAAUGACUCGGAGAUCGACUCCCUGGUGGAGCUCUCCCUCCACAAGGUGGCUCUGAAGCCCGUCUCCACUCACCUCUACUCCUGCAUCAACGCGUCUCGGUCCAACGAUGGCACCUUCGACCGUCUGCAGAGCAACAUGAGAGUUCUGGAGAAGAUCGGGGUGGAGGAGCUGGGUGGGUCGGCGGGAGUUGGAGUUCCCGACUCUCUCACCAUGGAGAGGAUCCAGCAGAGGUGGGCGAGUAUGCACGAGGCAUACUCCCCCAACAAGAAGGUCCACAUCCUGCUGAAAGUCUGCAAGAGCAUAUAUCACAGCAUGAGUGCUAAUGCUAGCUCAGGCACGGCGUACGGAGCCGAUGACUUCCUGCCCUGCCUGACGUGGGUGCUGCUCCGGAGUGAUGUGGUCACCUUACACCUGGACACUGACUACAUGAUGGAGCUGCUGGACCCCACACAGCUGCAGGGAGAGGGUGGCUACUACCUUACAACUCUAUACGCUUCUCUUUACUACAUCAGCAGCUUCCGGCCUCGAUUGGCCGCCCGUCAGCUCAGCGUGGAAGCGCAAAAAUCCCUCAACCAAUGGCAUCGCAGGCGCACCCUGCAUUGCAACCAAUCACGGCGCAGCAGGAACCGACGGACCAUUCGCAGGCAGGCGUGUCGGGACAGAGGGUCCCAGAGCUCUGAGAUGGACGCUGAGAGGAGAGAGGAAAGCAGCGAGAGAGAAGGAGAUUCCUUUGAUAACGAGGAGGCAGAGCAGCUUACCGAACCAGAGGCCCUGCAGCCGCUGGAGGAGGAAUCACACACUCCUUCAGACUGUAACCAGGAAGAUGUUAUCCUGAGCAAACAGGAAGAUGGACAGAAGCUGUGUGGAGAAGAGGACAGUUGAUUGUAAUUUACAAACAUAACUGAGAUACAACGAGCUGUUGGACAAUUCAGCCUUAAAGAGGCCCUACUUUCCUGUAGUGUGUUCUAUAGGCUUCUGUGCAUGUAAAUGGUCUGCAGAGGCUAAAAUCCCUGUGUUUCCUCUAGAGGGAGUUGCUCUCCCACACACUCCCCCCCCCCCCUGCCUGAAACGCCUCCAUUGGACUCUUUUGUUUACUUCAGUGACAUCAUUAUGUAACACUCACACUUAUACCGGCUAGCUCUCCAACACAUUGUACGUGAUUAGGGGUGGGACAUCUAAACGGUUGACCCAUCACAACAGAGCCGGCCAGCUAACCAAUCAGAGCAGACUGGGCUCUGGUUUCAGACAGAGGGUGAAAAGAGGAGCUGCAGCACAGGCAGUAUGAGAAAAAUAAGAGCUUUUUGAACAUUGAAGCAUGGAGACAUGUCCCAGGAGAGGCACAAGAUACAAAUAUGAAUGUGAAGAUGAGCAGAGUAGGGCCCCUUAAUAAAAAAACUCACACAUUGAGGCAAUAACUUGUGAGGCUUCUCCUUUUUAAAGUGUCAUUGCCAAACAAGUUGGAAAGCACUGGCCUUAAUGAGUCCAAUUGUAAUGUCAUAGCUGUAUUGUAAGGAAUAGAAGCAAGUGUUGAAACGUUUUUAUUAUUGUAUUUAUUUUAAAAUGUAUAAAAGCUAAUGUUUAAAGGCAUUAGAUUGUCUAAGUUGGAAAUCUUUCAUAUUGAUUUCAAAACAAGGAAAUAACAACAUGUAAAAAGAGGACAUAAAUAAAACAGUUUUGUUUGUACGCCUUUUUCUGCUCUCAUCAGUUAUCCCUAUCAUUCCCAGCAGCACACAAUAUCUCUCAUUCAUUAUUUACAGCAGAAAAUAGAGGCAAUAAUAGCUGAUGAAUGAGCAAACAAAGCAAUCAGUUUAACUUUAAUUAUCCUCAUCAAACAUGAAAAGCUUCGGGGCAGAAAAACAACACACCACGCAGUCAGAGUUAACGUCUCGCUGGUGAACAUUUGGCCGGGAUGUGAUGGAUAUUUUUCCUCUGGAUACAAAAACAAAGGUGAAAGAGAGUGAGUGUUGGAAAGAUAUGUAUCCGGUAGACAAAAACAUGUCUCCAAAUAAAUGCAAUUGUUGCUCCGUAUCUUCUGGAUGUAUGAAAAGACUGCUGUUUGACAUUUGAAUGUUAAUUAUGUGGUGUCGCUCUGACCCAAAGUGGAUCUGAAUAAAUAAAUUAAGCUUUAAAAAACA